UGUUUUAACAGCAGACUACCUGGAGUUCUAUAACGUUCAAGCAAGUGAUACUGGAAGCUAUACCUGUAAAGUUACCUAUGUACACAAUGGUAAACAUGAGAUGACACAAGUGCAUUUUAUGAUCUAUGUGUAUCAUAAGCCAGGGAGAAGCCUACAUCUGGCAUCAGAAUUCAAAACAGGAAGUUGUGAAACCAGCACAGUUGUUUCCUUUGAAAAACGACUGCUAGAAGACUUGAAGAAAUUAAUUCAUGACUUGCAGUGUGGAAUUCAGCAGUGGAAUGUGCAAUGCCAUGCAGCCACGGAUUCAAUAGCAGCUCUAACACACAAGCUUACUUUCCAGUUUGUAGUUUUUCCUUUUGCAUUGGCAUUUACAGAGCCUUGUGAAAGUUCAGACUGCGAAAAUUCCUCCAACUGUGUCAAAAAGGCAUAUACCAAGAUUCAGCAGUAUUUGAGAGUGCAGAGAUCCAACGAUCAGCAGAUGCAUUAUAUUCCUGGAAGCCUUACAAGUUGGAUGACAGACCACUGCAAGCCAGGAUUUGGUAAAAACGUAAGCGGGGAUGUGUGCAUAGGAUGUUGCGCAACAUUUGAGUGGUGUCACAUCAGUGUGGAUAACGACCCAGCAAAUGCUUGGUCAAAUGGACCCUGUCAACUGGACCUGCGUGCUACAGAAGUCACUGGUGUGCAAAGCAGGACUCAGCAUUUCUGA